AUGAUGCCUCGCCGCUGCCCCUUCGGCGGCUUCGCCGCCUCCCCUCACGGCCCCGUCGCCAACCGCGACCCCGUCGCCACCUGCGGCCCCGUCGCCUACUGCGGCCCCGUCGCCUACCUGCGGCCACGUCGCCACCUGCGGCCCCAUCACCUACCUGCGGCCCCGUCACCACCUGCGGCCCCAUCGCCUACCUGCGGCCCCGUCGCCACCUACGGCCUCAUCGCCUACCAGCAGCCCCAGCGCCACCUGCGGCCCCGUCGCCACCUGCGGCCCCGUCGCCACCUGCGGCCCCGUCGCCUACUCGCGGCCCCGUCACCUACCUGCGGCCGCGGCGCCUACCUUCCUGGCCCCGUCGCCUACCUGUACGGCCCCGGCGCCAUCUCUUCCGGCUCCGCCACCGUCUCCACGUGGCUCCGCCGUCACCGCCGAGCCGCCCGCUGCUCGAGCCGCCCAAGCCGCCCGCUGCCCGAGCAGCUCCAGCCGCCAGAGCCGCCCGAGCCGCCCCAGCCGCCCGAGCCGCCGAGUCGCCGAGCCGCACCUGUUGCCGAGCCGCCGUACCGCCGAGUAGCCGAGCCGCCCGAGCCGCCUGAGCAGCCGAGUCGCCGAGCCGCCGAGCCGCCCGAGUCGCCCGAGCCGCCCGAGCCGCCCUGUCCGGGUCGGGCCAUUGACUUUGACGUAUGGGUAGAUGACCUGCAGCUUUUCCUACAGUGCGAUAGGGCAGACGGUCCCUCUCUCUUUGACCUCACCUCUGGUGCCUCUCCUGCCCCUGCUGCUGACGCUGACGCCACUGUUCGCUCACAGUGGGACACCCGCGAUGCUCCUGCACGUCUUGCUGUGCGUCGCCACCUACCUACCUCUGAGCGUGCGCACUUUAGUCAGUACAAGAGUGCUCAGACCUUUCGGUCGGCGCUGCGUCUGCCCCUUCGGGGAAGCGCCGCACAGGCAAGGGCAAGGGCGGCAAGGGCGCUGGAGGAGCUGGCGGGGGCGGUGGAGGCGGCGGUGGAGGCGGCGGAGGGGGUGGGGGUGGGAGUGGGGGUGGUGGAGGGGUUGGAGGUGCCGGUGGCAGCAGUGGAGGCGGAGGCGGCGGCGGUGGUGGCGGAGGGAGCGGAGGCGGCGGUGGUAGCGGAGGCGGCGGAGGUGGCGGAGGCGGCGGAGGUGGCGGUGGAGCUGGUUGCGGUUCUGCGCAGAGGAGUGGCUCCGGUGCGGGGUGGGGGUACUGGUCCGUGCACCUACGUCCUGCGCACCGGCGACCAUGCGGGUGAGCAGUGUGGGGGUGUGCACCCCACCCAGCGCUGCUUUGGCCGUCUGACGGACGCGUGGCGUCACCAGUUCCCUGACGCCAUAGAGAUCCCUCGCUGGGGCGAGCUGUCUAGGGCGGGGGUUGUUAUCUUCGACCUUGACUUUGAUGAUAUUCUUGCUGCCAUGUAUGUUGUGACUAUUAGUGAUGAGGGUGACUGUUACCGGUGUUUUCCGCCCGACCCGGGCAUUGAGAUUGCUGUUCUAGGUGCUGGUGAGGCUGCUGCUCUUGGUGCUAGCGAGGCUGCUGCUCUAGGUGCUAGUGCGUCUGCUUCCUCAGGUGCUGGUGAGUCUGCUCUCUCAGGUACUGCGUCCGCUUCGGCCUCCCUCACCUUCACCCUUGACUCUGGGGCUUCUCGCUCCUUCUUUCGAGACCGCACCACGCUCACGCCGCUUGGUCGGCCAGUUGCAGUCUCUCUGGCAGACCCCUCUGGGGGUCCUGUCCUUGCUCACUUCUCAACUGUCCUCCCGUGUCCGGCGGCUCCCUCUGGCACCCUGUCUGGUCUUUACCUCCCCUCGUUCUCUACGAACUUGGUGAGUGGGGCUGACCUACAGGAUGGGGGAGUGCACCAGUUCACUCCUGCGAGCCAGCGGGUGACUCACUGUACUGAGGCUCGUACGGGCCGACACUUGGCCACGUUUACACGUCAGCCGGGGUCGAGCCUGUACACACUGACCACUGCGUCUCCUCCUGUCACUGCGUCUGGUCGGGUAGCUGCGUCGGGCCAGGUGUUUGCUGCAGCGUCCAGGUUUGGUCCUCAGUCUGCCCCCUUUACGUGUCGUCUCCUGUCUCACGAGGCUCUCCUCUGGCACCACCGCCUUGGUCACCCCUCCCUGCCUCGUCUCCAAGGCAUGGCGGCCCGUCUCCUUGUCUUUGGUCUUCCCCGGUCCCUCCCUCCCCUUCCCCCGGGGCCGGCCCCUGCCUGCGUCCCCUGCGUCGAGGGGCGCCAGCGUGCUGCCCCUCACUCCUCCCAGUUUCAUCCGACAGAGGCCCCGCAGCAGACGCUUCACAUGGACGUGUGGGGCCCAGCCCGCGUUCGUGGACAGGGUCACGAGCGCUACUUCCUGCUGGUGGUUGACGACUACUCGCGUUACACCACAGUCUUCCCCUUGCACAGCAAGGGUGAUGUCACUGAGCAAAAUGGGAUUGCUGAGCGCCGCAUUGGCAUGGUCAUGGACGUCGCUCGACCGUCCAUGAUGCAUGCGGUUGCCCCCCAUUUCCUGUGGCCGUUUGCGGUUCGGUACGCGGCGCAUCAGAUCAACCUUCAGCCCAGGGUCUCCUUGCCGGAGACCUCCCCAGCCCUGCUGUGGACGGGGAAGGUUGGCGAUGCGUCUGCGUUCCGUGUCUGGCGAUCUCGGGCGUUUGUCCGCGACUUGUCUGCAGACAAGCUGUCCCCUCGUGCUGCUCCUUGCGUCUUCCUGGGUUUCCCCCCUGACGCGCCAGGGUGGCAGUUCUACCACCCCACCUCUCGCCGUGUUCUGUCCUCCCAGAAUGUCACGUUUGACGAGACGGUCCCCUACUACCGCCUCUUCCCCUACCGCACUCCGUCCCUUCCCCCGCCACCGCUCUUCCUUGUGCCAGGUCCCCCCCCGGUAGGCCCCCUCCCCCCUCAGGGUCCUGCCCCUUCAGGUGUGUCCCAGGUAGACGCUGUCGAGCCUGACGAGGUUGCUAGUGACUCUGGUGCUGCUAAGGGUGCUGAGCCUGGGGGUGCUGACUCUGAGGGUGCUGAGGCUGAGGGUACUUCUACUGGGGGUGUUGAGCCUGGGGGUGCUGAGCCUGGGGGUGCAGCGACUAGGGGUGCUGAGCUAGGGGGUGCUACACUUGGGGGUGCUGAGCCUGGGGGUGCUACGCUUGGGGGUGCUGAGCCUGGGGGUGCUACGACUGGGAGUGCAAAGCCUGGGGGUGCAGAGCUUGGGGGUGCGGAGCCUGGGGGUGCGGAGCCUGGGGGUGCGGAGCCUGCGGGAGCUGUGCCUGCUCGUGUCGCGUCUGCGGAGUUGCGCGAGUGGUUUGCCCCCACCUGGAGGCGUACUGCUGGAGCUGGAGGUUCUUCCGCUACUGAGGGUGCUGCUGUCGCGGGUCCCGGAGGUGCUCGUAUAGGGAGUACUGGAGCUGCUGGGCCUACGGGUUCGACAGGAGCUGGAGCUGCUGAGGGUGUUGGCGCUGAGACUCCUGCUGGGGGUGCUACUAGUGCUGCUGGAGGUUCUGGAGCUACUGGAGCUGCUGCGGGUACUGGAGGUGGAGGUGCUGCUGGAGAUGGUGCUCCUGCUGGGGGUACUGGUGCUGUCCGUGCUGUGUCUGGAGUCGCCGGGCGGCCUCGACCGUACUUCGUUCCGCUCCUUCAACAGUCCUCUCUUCCUGCUCUUGCGGACCCGGAGUCGGACUCUCUUCGUGCUGCCAGACCUACUGUCACGCGUCUCCUUGCUACUGUCAUCACUGACCCUUCUUUCGAGUCCACUGCUGCGUCUGCCCUAGUUGCUGAGCUCGUCGACUUUGCUGCUCGCUGUCGCCUAGACUAUGCUGCUAGUCUUGUCGCUGAGUCUAAGUCUGUUUGUCCUCCGUCAAUCGGGGGUGAGUGUGCCCUUGGCGCGGACGUCCUUGAGGACAGGCAGGAGGAGUUCCAGAAUCUGGCUGCUGCUUCACCUCAUCUCGUGUCCGCGAUAGAGGGUCCCUACUCCUCUAAGUGGCAGGCAGCUAUGGAUGCAGAGAUGGCUUUCUCGAAGUCCACAGGCACCUACGUUGACGAGGUUCCCCCGCCUAGGGCGAACAUCGUCAGUGGCAUGUGGAUUUUCAGGGUGAAGCGGCCGCCGGGUUCUACACCUGUCUUCAAGGCACGUUACGUGGCUCGUGGCUUCAGUCAGCGGCAGGGAGUUGACUACUUUCAGACCUUCUCUCCCACCCCGAAGAUGACCACUCUUUGGGUACUGCUGCACGUUGCUGCUCACCGUGACUACGAGCUGCACUCUCUUGACUUCAGCACAGCUUUCUUGCAGGGCAGCCUGCACGAGGAGAUCUGGCUGCGCCGCCCACCUGGCUUCAUUGGGUCGUUCCCUCUUGGCACCCAGUGGAGUCUCCGGCGUCCAGUCUACAGUCUCCGCUAG